AUGGAGCACAUAGCCGGGUUUACUAAAAAAUACUCCGAUAAAGUGCUAAAGCAGACAGAACUACAUAUAACGCCUGUUGGACAACAAUCUUACGUAGUAUAUAGUAGUUUGUCGGCGUCAGCGGUCAUAGCCGAUGAUAAUGAAAAUUAUCGGAGAGCUCGCCCUAGUGGGCGCUAUCGCAUCAGUUUUCAUUGUAGCCGCUCAAGGGUUGGCAGCUGA